AUGCCUCCCAAGGCCAAGGGCAAAGCCAAGGCAAAGCCCAAGGCAGGUGUGAUGCGGAAUCCCGGUGCAAAAGCAGGUGCCAAAGCAGCAGCAAAGGGCCAGGGUAAAGGGGCUGACAUGGUGGCCGCCGGCAAUCGCUUGCAGAGGCUUCUUCAGCAGAUGCAGGGGUUGGAGUAUACGAUAAAUACCAUUCGAACCUUGGUUGUGGAGCCAGGGCCCCUGGAGGGCAAUCGACUUCAAAACCUGGAUCAGACUCUGCGGGAUCACGCGAAUUAUGUUCGAGGCUGGCAGCACAGGGCCAAGAUCCUCUACCACCUGCGCAGCUGGACUCCAGCUCCUGAGAAUGUGGAAGCCUGGCAGCGCAUUCGUGAAGCUGCAAUUGCCAGACUGGAGGCCGCAACAUUUCCUGAGAUCAGUGCAGAUGGGGCUGUGCUGCUUGAAUUUCUUAUCAGCGGGUAUGGCGCGAGCGUUGCUGCGGCGAUGGUGAUGCAGCGCGAUCACUGGCGAGCACUGAAAAAUCGAGUCCUUGCUCGACCCGAUGAAGAGAUAUCAAACGAGAGCUUGGGGGGGAGGACAUCAGAUGAGUGCACCACGAACCAUGCCCUGGUCAAUGGCGCUGCUGAGUACGACGAUCCUGUCCGCGUAGCCGGCUUCCUGAGUGCAUUUCCAGAUGGGGCGUUCGGCACACCAGACUUUUUUGCGAUGCUGAGCAACCUUUCAACGUGA